AGGUGAAUGUUCCCUAAAAAUGGCAACGAAAUUAUUAACUUUACUCGUUUCCACUUUUCUGUUACUGUCUUUGAUCAGCAGGAACAUCAACGUGAUUGCAGCAGAGACAGAAACUAAUGCCGUUGACGAUUUGGGCUCAGGAAAUUUGGAUGAUAAAGCUAAUGUAAUUCUUCAAGAUCCUAUUGAUGAGGAAGAAAGUGAAGAAGACAACGAGGAAGCAGACGACGAAAAUGAUAGCGAAAAGAUCGAAAAUAAAAAUAAAGAUAAAAAAGAAACCCGCAAAGAGUCGACAGAGAUAAGUAAAAGUGAAGCAGAUGGCGCAAAAUUGGAGGAAGCUGUAAAUAAAAAAGAACAACUUUAUUCUAAUAAUUCACAAAACAUUUAUUUAGAGGUGGAUAACUCUCAAAACAAAAGAGGCAAAAAUGGCGGCAAUCGCAAAAGAAAACGUAAUAACUUGAAAAAUCGUAAAAGAAAACAAGCAAUUGUCGAAGCCAAUCUCCAAGAGCUUCCCCUGUUGGAAAAUGCGCAAGAGGAAGAAAAGAAUAUUGAAGCUGAACCAACAACGGAGAAUACCGAAGAUUCAGAGACCGGUAGCGAAACUGCGACACAAGAAUUGAAAGACAUUAAACAGGAGUCUGAAGGAAAUAAAAAAGAGAAAAUCCGUGGAUCGACUACUAAGAAACCGAGUGCGAGGAAACCUAAAGCACGACCGGCAAAAUCUGCAAAACGCAGUACCCAAAAAUUCAAGGUCACUGGAAUACCAUUUCCGAAAAAUAACAAAGGUAAAUCGGCAAAUGGUAAAAAGAGGCAAAAGAAGAAGCAGAAGGGACGAGGUAGACGAAGACCGAAGUUCGGAAAGAGCCUCUAAAGGAAGUUAGCAUCUUAAUUAAUUUCUUAUUAAUUAAGUAGAUUUUAUGUUAAUAUUAUUUAUUAUUAU